UACAAGAAAUAAAACAUCAACGUUAGUCUUAACUGUAAGCUCAUAAGACCACCUGUCACCUCAUGCCUCCUAACAUGCUGCGAACAGCCACCUCGCUACAUUGUGGUGCUGUCAGGCAGUCAGUCCUCAACCACAUCGUGCAACUACUCCCUAAGCAUUCGAACGGUAGCCGUACGUGGGACUUUUGGUCGUGGUUGCCGCGUACCCGUACGACUUGGUGGUUGUGGGGGUGGCGCCAUAGUUCUUGGUGGGGCGGGGUUUGCGGGUCGUUGUGGUCGUCGUGGGGGGCUUGUAGUUGGCGAUACGCGACACGCACCGGUUCUUGACCUUGCGCAGCACGGCGAACAGCGCUUCGUACAGGUCCUCCACCGAGUCGCACUGCGAGUACACGCGCUCGUUCGCGAUCUGGCGCAGGAACAACCAGUGGCCGUCUUGCACUGUCGGGUCGAACGCGCCGUGGAUGGUCUUGAAGAACGCGACGAGUUCCUCCUCUGCCUGGCAGAUGUGCGUGCGCGUGGUCAGCGUCUGGGUGAGUCGCUUGGCCACUUCGCUCACGUCGUCGGCGUCGAUCCAGCCCUCGUCCAGGCACUCUUGGAUGUCGUCCGUGAGCUGGUUCCACACGUCCACCUUGUAGUGGGGCAGCGCCCAGUCCGAGUUGCGCACUUCGGGGAAGCAAGACGACACGUCGCCGUGGUUGUUGGCGCGGCAUGCGUAGAACGAGCAAAAGUACAAGAUGCCGUUGCCUUCGAGGAUCGGCUGCUUCUGCGUGCCUUGGUACUGCGCCACGAUCUCUGCGAUGAUGCGGGGCCGGACGUUCGAGUGCGACGCAGAGUCCCACACCCGGACGCUGUCGAUGAGUCCGCGGAGGGUGUCUGGGUUGGACAACUCCUGGCCCACGUCCUCGGUGGCCCCCUCGAGCACCUGGCACUGCUUGAGCAGGGGCUGCACGCCAGUGUACGAUCCAAUGGCCGUGCCAACAGCGCGGUUCGCCACUUCCCAACUGUAGAACUUGUCCGUGUGGUCGGAUCGGUACGUCCACGCGUUGGGGGUGGUGACUGGCGGGCUGUUGUCCCCGAUGAGCGUGUUUUGGGCAGGGCAGUAAAACCGGCCGUUGAUCGUGUACGUGUCCCAGCCGGACGCGUCGCGACUGGUGCAGCGGGGGAUGUCGAUGCGGUUGUUCUUGCCCACCGUGAACGGCGCCGUGGGCCAGUACUUGACCCCCAGCUGGCUCGUGAACUGGCGCCAGAUCGUCGGGUAGUUGGUCACUUUGUCGGGGUUGCACGCGAUCACGUUCGACACGAACUCGUGCAGCUUCUUCAAGUACAAGAUCGGACCUUCCACGGGGUUGGUGGCGGCGGCGGCCGCGUACUUUUCAAUGAACAGGACGCGGAUCGAGUUUUCCGUCAGACACUGCACCGUCGCGGUCGUGAUCGACACGUAGCUGGUUUGGAGGCAGCGCUCCUCGUAGUACGCGUCGCAGUACGUGGGGGCCGCUGCGGGUGCCACGUAUGGCUCCUCCGUGGGCUCGGCGGUGGUCGGGCGAGGCGUGUACGCCGGUCGUCGCGUUGUCGGCGCCUUGGUGGUCGUGGUCUUCGCGUAGCCGUAUUGGCCGUACGAGUUGGCGUAGCCGUAGCCAUCGUCGGCGGGUGCCGUGGUCGUGGGGGCCACCGUCGUGGUGGUGGUCGUGGGGGUGGCCGUCGUGGUGGACGGGGGUCGGGUCUUGGCGGGGCCGGCGCACAAUCCGUCCACGGACGCAGACAGCCGAUAGAACAAGGUCAAACACUGGUCCAAGAAGAAUUCGCGCAGUGGCUUGCCGCCGCAGUUGGUCCACGGCGCUCCGUUGAGGAAGCAGUGGUACUGGCUCAAGUGGGGCAACCGCAGCGCCGGCUCGUCGUCGAGGACGAUGGUCGGGUACGGCUCUUCGACGUGGUGGACUUCGGUCACGUAGCUGUCGGAGGGGUUGUAGUCGUCGGCAAAGUCACUCGAGUAAGACUCGGGCGGGUACCCGUCGUAGUCUUGGUAUGACGUAGCAGGCUCGUAGUCCUCGGGGGGCUCCGUGUACGCUGGCUCCACGUACUCUGGUUCGGGGGUCGUGUCUUCGUCGUAAUAUUCGCCGUCGUACUCGUCAGGAGGAUACGUUUCGUCAACGUGGUAGUCGUCUGCAGGUGGAUCCUCGUAAUCAUCAGGUGGUUGCUCAUAGUCGUCGGGUGGUUGCUCGUAGUCGUCGGGGGGUUGCUCGUAGUCGUCAGGAGUAGGCUCGUCAUACCCGUACUGGGGAGGAGCUGUCGUGGUAGUAGGCGCCUUGUAGUACGCUUGGGGUGGCGGUGUCCCAUAUGCGACGACAGCAGCUGCAAAUGCGCCGACGAACAAGGUAGUCUUCAUGCUGAGCAAACCACGGCGUUU